GAGCGAAGGAGAUAAGAAGUGUUGUGCUGCUCCGGAACGCCUCGUCAUGCAUCGUCUUGCAAUCGUGGUGCUGCUGAUCGCAGCCACCAGGGGGGCUCCUGAUGGGGGCUACACCGCCCCCCAUGGCGGGGGUGGCGGGGGAUUUAGUGGAGGUGGUGGAGGUGGAUUCAGCGGUGGUGGGGGACAUCUUGGUGGUGGCGGUGGAUUAAUCAGUGGAGGUGGUGGGGGAUUCAUUGGCGGUGGCGGUGGAGGCUACGGGGCAGGUGGAGGCGGCGGUGGCGGUGGGUUAAUCAGUGGUGGUGGCGGUGGGGGGUUCAUUGGUGGUGGUGGCGGUGGCGGUGGAUUGGACUUCGGUGAUGGCUGCAGUGGCGGGCAGGUUCGCCGCCAUGAUGGAUCUUGCGUUACGCCCCAGGUGACGCGCAACAUUUACCUGUACGCCGCGCCCCCGGCCCCCCCAGCCCCCCUCGGCCCGCCCCCCAACCUACCAGACCCCAAAGUCCACUACAACUUCGUAUUCGUGCGCGCCCCCCAGACCCACGGGGGGUCUCGCCCCCUGGUUGUGCCGCCCCCGCGCCAGAAGACCCUGGUCUACGUGCUGACCAAGAGACCCAGCGCCCUCAACCAGGAGGUCAUAGAGGUGCCCACGCAGCCCACGCAGCCCGAGGUCUAUUUCGUUAAUUACGGACCGGGCGAGAACCCGGACCUGCCCGGGGGCAUCAGCCUCCAGCAGGCGCUCAGCCAGUCCGUCCAGCAGCCCCAGGUCAUCGACGGGGGUACUGGGGGGGCUGGGGGUGCUGGCUUUGGAGGGGGAGGAGCUGGAUUCGGGGUCGGGGGUGCGGUAGGUGCUGGAUAUGGGGGCGGAGGUGGCGCUGGAUUUGGUGGAGGAGGGGCAGGAUUCGGGGGAGGAGGGGCUGGAUUCGGAGGAACAGUUGGUGGAUUUGGAGGAGCCAAAGGUGGAGGAGGUGGAAGUCUCGGUGGACGCUACGCUGCCCCAUAAGUUUCUCCUGAUUGAAGGAUUUUGCAGUGAACUCUCCUUCUGAUUCUUUAAAGUCCUUCUUCCUCGAAAAGUCCGCGAGAUACACACGAAAAAACACGCGAAUUUCCUAAUAAUAUAUUUCUUCUAAUUAAUAAUCUAAUAAUUCUUAUAGUAAUCUAAUCUAAUAUCAAAGUCUUCGUUGAAGUUUCAGGUUAUGCUAGAGGUAAAAUUAUCAUCGGGACUGUGCACCAAAUUUGUACAUCUUGAUUAAUUAAAGUCCGUAAACUUAAAUAGGAAAAUGAAAUAUCCAUCUAUGCUUUUACAAGGAAAUAGGAUAAUCGAAGGUAGAUUUAAUCCGUACUAUUUCUUGACAUCCUUUAUAGUCCUGCGAGGACUCUCCCGGUUCUCUUCUAGAACCGUUGACCAGAACCCAACCUUCCAGAACCGUUGAUCAGAACCCAACCUUCCAGAACCGUUGAUCAGAACCCAACCUUCCAGAACCAUUGGCUUCUUCAAUGCAUGAUUGCCUUCUGCUUCGAAAAUUUUGUGAUUUCAUUAUAUUAAGAUAUAAAUCAAUAAAGAUAUUGUGGUAUUAAGAUAUUAAAAUAAAUAAAGCUUAGGUGAAGUCAUUAUCAAAACGUAUAUUUGAAACCUAUUAUUAUUAUUUAUCUAUUGUACGUAUAUAUUUAUGAGUUUAAAUUGAUGGUGAUCACCUCGCAUUCAAUGUACGAAGUGAAUGUCAAAUGUCACCCAGUGAAUGAAGAGUUCAUUUUUUAUUAGGGUUUUGAAUGGAAAUUUUGUGAAUGUGAAAGAA